AUGCGGGUCCCGCCGGCAGGCACCUGGGCACUGCGCCCCAUCUGGACCGAAAUGGGGACACCCCUUCGGGGUAGCUUCUCCCACCACGCUCCUGGCCAUAUUGUUCUCCUUCUCCUCGUGAUAACUCCGCAGUGGAGGUGGAUUCCGUCCAAGACGCCCAACUUGGCUCCGCGUAGCAAUCAGCGCUGCAAUCCUGGCGGUUACCUCCGCGGCGGCGUCUUCCUCUGCGCCUCACACUCGCAGCCCGCGGCCCUCCCCACCUUAGGGCGUUUACAAAAGAAACUACUCCAGACGCGCUGCAAAGGGAGGCGCUUGUGCCCGAAAGCUGGAGAUCAGACGCGGGGCCAUUCUGCAUGUGUGAUGUUUCUGGGGGGUGGGAGGGGGGGUGUGUCGAGGUCGGGGCGCGGGGGGGAGUCAGGCAGAAAGACAGGGAGAACCUCUGCUAUGAAGGAUCCGCGAGUCCUAAAAUACAAGCUUCGUGUCACUAACGAUCUGCACUGA